AUGUCCCUGGAUGGGUAUACAGAUCAUGCAGAUUUAGAAAACAGUGUACCUUUUGGAGGCCCACCCUUCUGUACAACAAAGAAGGGUGGGCCUCACCGAUACCCCAUGGGCCCUCGACCGCAUCGAAGCUCACCCUUCUGUACAACAAAGAAGGGUGGGCCUCACCGACACCCCAUGGGCCCUCGACCGCAUCGAGGCUCACCCUUCUGUACAAAAAAGAAGGGUGGGCCUCACCGACACCCCAUGGGCCCUCGACCGCAUCGAGGCUCACCCUUCUGUACAACAAAGAAGGUUGGGCUGAGGCCCACUGAAGUGAUCAUGGGUGUCGGAGAGCAUGGGGUGUCGGUGAGGCCCACUGAAGUGACCAUGGGUGUCGAAGAGCAUGAAAUUAGUGCCAGCGCAGUAAAUGCCAGCCGGUCACAACCUGUGGAUGAUUUGGUCUUUUUCAAUACACCCCCCGACACAGCCGAAGAUGAAGUCAUGGUGACUCUAAGUCACACCCAACGACAUCAUUAA